UAGAGUGAAUAUAGUUUCUGAUAAGCAUAGCACCAGUCAACGUAAGACGUACCAAUGGUAUAGGUCAUUGAAUGAAAUUUGAAUUUAAAAUGUUUAAUAAAAUAUCGUUUUCGUUGUUGAGUGUUCACCUAAUUACCAUUAUAUUUGCCUUAGCAUUAGCUACAACGGUUCAAGCGAGGGCUCAAGGUCUCGAUGGAAAUGAAGGAGACAAUUGUGUCAUUAAUGGCACGCAACAAGAGGGUAUUUGUACAAAAAUAACAGAAUGUGAAAAGCCGUGUGCCAAUGAAGAGAUGAUAUUUGAGAGGUGCCAGAAAACGGGGAGACGAAUGGUGCCCAUUGUCUGCUGUCCGAAAGUUAGACCCACUAAGUCAAUCAGUGCAGCAAAAUGCCUGGAGUAUAAAGAGCUGGCGUGUACGCCAUAUUACUGGUCACGCUUUGACGAUCGGAUAGUAUUCGAAACGAAAGUGUCGAAUUGUGCCUACAACACGCAUCCGGUCAUCAUUGGUGGUAAAGUAGCCCAAAGACGAGAGUUUCCGCAUAUGGCUCUGAUCGCUUGGCGAGAUGAUGAUAAUUUUGGAUGUGGUGGCAUAUUGAUUAGUGAUCAAUUCGUGCUCACUGCGGCGCAUUGCCUUAACCAUCCUAUAUACGGCCCAAUAUCUCACGUUCGAUUAGGUGAACACGAUCAAAGCAAUCCAAAUGAAUCCACACAUAUCGACGUAAAGGUCUCUAAGCUUUUUCCACAUAAGCUCUAUCGGAAACUAUACUAUUACAAUGACAUCGCUUUGAUAAGACUCCAACAUUCGGUUAAUUUUACCGAUGCCAUUCGACCGGCAUGCUUACCUGAAGAACCAACACCUGUCGGUAGCAUCGACGCUACAAUUACUGGAUGGGGUUCUGGACAGCAGAUACAGCAGAUUGACGUUUUGAAGAAAGUGCACAUUGAAGUGUUUGACCACAAAACAUGCAGUGAACAAAACAAACCAAACUACAGAACUCCUGAAGGAGUUCGUGAAACGACUCAGUUUUGUGCUGGAUCCACGACGCACAGACAUACCGCUUGUCGUGGAGAUUCAGGUGGACCACUUCAAAUUAUGCACAAGCACCACCACUGUACAUAUAUAAUCAUUGGUAUAACAUCAGUCGGUAAAGCGUGUGAGAACUUUAGGUAUGGAUCCAUUAGUAUCUAUACUCGAGUAUAUCCUUAUUUAAGUUGGAUAGAAAGUAUUGUAUGGCCAGGACAGUAUAAUGGGUCUAUUCAGGCUGGUGGUUACUGAUGGUGGUUAUUCAAACUGAUUUAUUCAUAAUCCAAUGGUGCACACAAUGGUUAAUAUAUAUAUAUACUUAAUGAAAGAACUAAAGCUUAACUAAUUAGUCAGGGGAUACAGUGCAAGUACAUAGUGGCACUACAACAGUAUGCAAGCGAAUAAAUUUAUCAU